AAAAACUCUCUUUCCAACUCUCAUGCACGGCACAUUCAGCGAGAAACAGAGAGAGAGAGAGAGAGGGUGUGUGUUGAAUGAUUUGCUCUUGACGUCCUCUUCUGCACCUCUCGUCCUUUAUUAUCAUCAGCCUCUCUAGCUCGAGGAAUUUGGAGCAUGAGGGUGAUGCAUCAGGAAGUUCUUCGAAGGAAUUUGGCUAAAUCAUGUGCUGUUAUGAAUGCUGCAAAGUGGUGAAAAGAUAAAGGCCAUCUCGAGUCUUUCUGCAGUUUUCUGAGGGGAUUCAUACAUACCGAUAAAGGCCCAGAUUAAAAUACGGAAAUGAUGCUCUCAACAAAAUCUGAGUCUGACAUAACAAGUUUAGCACCGUCCUCACCUUCGAGGUCUCCGAAACGUCCUGUGUACUAUGUCCAAAGCCCUUCGAGAGACUCUCAUGAUGGGGACAAGUCCUCGUCAAUGCACGCCACUCCGAUGUCGCAUAGCCCGAUGGAGUCCCCCUCCCACCCCUCGUUCGGGCGACACUCGAGGAACUCUUCGUACAGUCGUUUCUCGGGGAUUUUCAGGUCCUCUUCGGGGAGGAAGGGAGGCAGGAAGAGGAACGAUAAGGGUUGGCCUGAGUGUAAUGUGAUUUUGGAAGAGGGGUCUUAUGAUGAAUUAGAGGAGAAGGCAUUUAUGAGACGGUUCCAGGCCUUAAUCGCUCUGUGCAGCUUCGUGGUUCUGUUCACCGUGUUUUGUUUGAUCAUCUGGGGCGCGAGUCGGCCUUACAAAGCGGAGAUUACUGUCAAGAGCUUGGCGGUGAGUAACUUCUAUGUUGGGGAGGGUUCAGAUUUCUCUGGGGUUGCGACCAAGAUGCUGACCUUCAAUGGAUCUCUGAGGAUGAGUGUCUACAAUCCGGCGACAUUAUUUGGCAUCCAUGUGAGCUCUACACCUAUCAAUCUCGAGUACUUGGAGAUCACUGUUGCCACUGGACAGCUGAAGAAGUAUUAUCAACCGAGAAAGAGCCGUCGCUCUGUACUGGUGAACUUGGAAGGGAUCAAGGUUCCUUUGUAUGGGGCCGGAUCGAGCUUAACGGUUUUGCAAACUGGAGGUAUAGUCGUCCCUUUCACGCUACAGUUCGAGAUCCAUUCGCGAGGCGACGUGGUCGGGAAGCUCGUGAGGACGAGGCACCGAAAGCAAAUCACUUGUCCGGUCACCAUCGACUCCACCAGUACCAAGCCCAUAACAUUCAAGAAAGAUUCCUGCACAUACAAUUGAUGCCUAUUGCCUCUAUGAAUCUAUGAAUUCCGCGACAUUCCUCACUGCAUUUCUCGCCUUGCAAGUCGCGGUAGCCGAUUGUCCAAUGGCUUGUGUUUGGAAGAAAACCGUCUUCAUGUUGAGAAUUGCUGUCGUUAUUUUUCCUUAUAAGGUAUUAGACAUGGCAUAUUGGCAAUGCCAUGAGAGGUCAUUUAGAUGUGCAUAUCUGUGUCGACCAUGUGUUCUUUUCUGUGGAAAGUAAUGAAGCUCUUCCGUGCUUACUCCCUAAAA